UGUCGUGACCCAGAAAAAAAAAAGAAAAAGAACUUGUGGGUUUUAUCUUGUUAAUGGUACGAAUAAGUAAGAAUCUUGAGUUGGUUGGAGUUUUAUACCUACAGAAUUUACGAACCGAUAUGCCCUUGGGUAUGCUUUCCUAAACGCGUGUCUCGAUCAUCCAACAGAGAGAGGGAGUGAAGAGGAAGAAGAAGAAGAAGAACAUGCGAGUUUGGUCGUUUCUCGGAAUCUCGGAUUAUUGUCCCCCGUAAGGUACCCAAUUUAGUGAUUGAUUCAAGUGCAUGGAUCAAGAAGUGGAGAAAUCCUCAACUCCGGCAGAGAGUUUAGAUGUGUCUAACUCAAACCGUUCGAACCACAUCACUCGCGUAGGGAAUCUGCUGUUUCGCCAAAUGCUUGUGGGAAUUAAAGAUGGACGCUUUUUCUUGGGCACCUUCCACUGCAUAGACAAGCAAGGAAACAUCAUUCUCCAAGAUGCUGUGGAGUAUCGUAGUACCCAACGGUCCUCUCCUUCUCCCAUGGAACAGAGAUGCCUGGGUCUCAUUCUCAUCCCUUCCUCUUGUCGUUCUUCAUGUCAUGUGGAUAGUUCUAUUGAAGAGCAAUUGUCACUGCUAAAGGUUUAGGGAUUGAGAGCAGUUCUGAACUUCAUAAGUUUUAUGCUUGAGUCAAUGUAUAAGAAACUUGACAUUUCCCUUGUUUGUGACUAUUAUGUUGUCGUAUCCUGCAUCGAAUAACUGUAACAGCUUUGCUUUUAAGUGAAAGCAUUUGCUGUAAGAUUUUCGCUUGAAAUAAUGUGAUGGAGGAGAUGGUUUGACCAAAAGCAUACAGAAGAAUGCUUGUUUCUUUUA